AUGCCAAUAAUGUUUAGCGCGGUCGCCAAAGGCGCUCUCGUAUUAUCCAAAUUUGCAUCCUGCAGUGGUAACUUUACAGAAACCAUACAACAAAUAUUACCGAUGAUACCGCCUGAAGAUAAAAAGACCACCUACUCCACUGGUGGCUUCUUAUUCCAACGAAGUCAAAGGGAAGGACUACCAGCUGUGGCAGUUCCAUAUGCAGCAGUUAAUCAAAUAGAUGGUGGUGCAUUUGACAGAGUGCUUCAGACCGAAAUGACAAAGUACAAUGAAAAUAAGAAGACUCUACCAAACAUCAAAGCGGAUUUGGAGGACCUGAAGAACAUUAUGGUGCAAAAUGUUGACAAAAUGACACUCAGAGGGGAACGGUUAGAGAAUUUGGUGGAUAGAACAGAUGUUUUGGCUUCAAGCACUACUGUAUACAGGAGUACGGCAGUACAAGUUCAACGUAAAUAUUGGUGGCAGAAUAUCAGGAUGCAAAUAAUAAUGGUGUCCGUUUUAGCUGUUUUGGUGUAUUUUUGUGGAGCCGCGGCGUGCGGCGGACUGAAAUGGCCAAAGUGUAUUUAG